AUGGAACAAAGGAGGCAUGCAUCAUGGCGAUUAAAGCUUGCGAUUGUUGUACUGUCGCUACUAUUUUGGAAAAAGACCCAUGCACAAAUAAAAUAUUCCGUUCUUGAGGAGCAGAAAGACGGCACAGUAGUUGGAAAUAUCGCAAAGGAUUUGGGUGUUGACAGCAAAAUUCUACAAGAAAGAGGAUUUCGUGUUGUACCAUUGGAAGAAUCUUUUUUCAAGUUAAAUCAGAAUGAUGGUGUCUUGUACAUUACUAGGAGGAUAGACAGAGAGGAGGUAUGUGAAAAAGGCAUUUCCUGCUUGAUCAAUCUGAAGGUCUCUCUUGAAAAUCCACUAGAAAUUCAUUACGUUGCAGUUGAGAUUCUGGACAUAAACGAUCAUGCUCCAGUAUUCCCCGAGAAAGUAAAGCGUCUGGAGAUAUGGGAAAGCGCAGUACCUGGUUCACGGUUUCAGCUACCAGCUGCACGCGAUCCAGACAGUUUGACAAAUUCCGUUCAAAUGUACAAACUGAAUAAUAAUGAACAUUUUCGAAUCGAGGUUAAAGACAGAGAACUGGAUCGAAAAAUCCCGUUCCUAAUUUUACAAAAAGCAUUAGAUAGGGAAACUAGAUCCAGCCAAAAACUUUUACUUACAGCGCAGGAUGGUGGGAAACCACCAAAAACUGGGACUAUUGAAAUAACUGUAGACGUCCUAGAUGUCAACGACAACAAUCCAGUUUUUAUAAAAGACAUGUACUCUACUAAGCUAACUGAAAACGCGCCGAUAGGUACAGCUGUAAUACAGGUAAACGCAACUGACUUAGAUGAUGGUUUAAAUGGUAAAGUGUUUUACUCGUUUGGACAUGAAGUGGACAAUGACGUGCGAAAUCUUUUUAAUUUAAAUCCUAUCACAGGAGAACUAGUUGUGAAAGGACAAAUAGAUUUUGAGCAAAAGAAACUAUAUGAGAUUGAUAUUCAGGCGUCGGAUAAAGCAGCAGUACCUCUAACAACAGAUAAGAGCAUCUUAAUAAACAUCAUUGACAUAAAUGAUAAUGCGCCAAAAAUCGAAGUAACGUCAUUUAAAAGUACAGUACCAGAAGAUUCCAAGCUGGGAACUACAAUAGCACUGAUUAGUGUAAGUGAUUUAGACUCAGAUGUCAAUGGAAAAGUGUCCUGCUCAUUACUUGAAGAUACAUAUUUUAGGUUAAUACAGUCGUCACAGAACAAUAUUUAUUCACUGACAACUGCGUCAUUGCUCGAUAGAGAAAUGAAAACACAAUAUGUUGUUACAAUAGUUGCCAAAGAUGCGGGGAAGCCUGCACUAUCGUCCUCUCAAACAAUCACUGUCUUAGUAUCUGAUGUAAAUGAUAAUAGUCCUAAAUUUUCCCACAGCCCAUACAUAUUUUAUGUUACCGAAAAUAACCUAAUAGGGACGUCGAUUUUCUCUGUGUCUGCUUGUGAUUAUGAUUUGGGUGAUAACGCCAUGAUCACAUACCACAUUUUGAGAGACUCUGGCAAAGCAAACAAGGAUUCAUCAUUUCUGAACAUAAACUCUGAAAGUGGAGACAUAUUUGCACUGACAAGCUUUGACUUUGAAACAGUGAAAACAUUUCAGUUCCAUGUUGUUGCUACCGAUUCUGGAACUCCAUCUUUAAGCAGCAACGUCACUGUAAAGGUGUUCAUUCUGGAUCAGAACGACAAUGCUCCAGUGAUCUUAUAUCCAGUCAGUGCAAACGGCUCUGCUGAAGGUGUAGAAGAGGUUCCUCAUGUUGUGAAUGCAGGACAUUUGGUGACUAAAGUGAGAGCCUACGACACAGAUAUAGGAUACAAUGGUUGGUUAUUAUUCUCACUGCAGGAAGUGAGUGACCACAGUCUGUUUGGUUUGGACCGGUACACAGGACAGAUCAGGACCCUUCGCUCAUUUACUGGAACAGAUGAAGCCAAACAUAAACUGGUCAUACUGGUCAAAGACAAUGGCAAUGUUUCACUUUCAGCAACAGCUACUGUUAUUGUCAUGGUUGUCGAGCCAAAAGAGAUCUUUGCCACUUCAAAUGUUAAAAGCACAACAAAAGAUGCAGAGGAAAAUAGCAUUACAUUUUAUUUGAUAAUUACCUUAGGUUCUGUUUCAGUGCUUUUUCUCAUAAGCAUAGUUGCGUUGAUAAUAAUGCAGUGCACAAAAACGACGGACUGUUCCUCCAAUUAUUUACACAAGACAGAUUAUGAUGGGACAUUGUGUCACAGCAUCCAGUACAGAUCCGGAGAUAAACGAUACAUGCUAGUUGGACCUAGAAUGAGUUUCGGUUCUGCUGUAGUUUCUGGCAGUAAUGAAAAUACUCUAGUAGUACAAGAUCGCAGAUGGAGGAAUUCUGAAGAGACUCAAAUGCAUCUACAACCUUCUUUCUGA